AUGACGGUAUUCUCCGGCAAGCAGGUGUUUCCAGUGGACUAUGAGGCCGAGGUUUCUCAACGCCUUCUCGAAGCUUCGCUCUCCGGCGAUCUGAAAUCGGCGUUGGAGUGUAUCGCCGAUCCGUUUGUGGACGUCAACUUCGUCGGUGCUGUCUGCCUCAAAACAAAGAAGACCGAGGUGUUAUUGCGCGACGAAUCGGCGAGCGAAGUCCGCGUCGACUACGGGGAGUUCAAAACCGACGUCACGGCUCUUUUUCUCGCCGUUCAUGCUGGAAGUGUAGCUUUGGUGAAGAAACUACUGAGCGUUGGAGCUGAUGUAAAUCAGAAACUCUUCAGAGGCUUCGCGACAACAGCAGCAGUGAGAGAGGGCCACCUUGAGAUUCUAGAGAUCCUACUGAAAGCUGGAGCAUCUCAACCAGCUUGUGAGGAAGCUCUGUUGGAGGCAAGCUGUCAUGGACAUGCCAGGCUCGUGGAGCUGCUUAUAGCUUCUGAUUUGAUCCGGCCCCAUAUUACCGUGCAUGCUAUUGUCACAGCAAGCUGCAGGGGGUUUGUUGAUGUGGUGGACACUUUCAUGAAGUGCGGUGUGGAUGCAAGUGCAACUGAUCGGAUGCUGCUUCAGUCAUCUAAGCCGUCGCUGCACACUAAUGUUGACUGUAGCGCACUUGUAGCUGCAGUUGUUAGUAGGCAGGUCUCGAUUGUUCGUUUGCUGCUACAGGCUGGUGCGAGGACAGAUGCGACAGUGAGGCUGGGAGCAUGGUCAUGGGACACAGCCACAGGGGAAGAAUUGCGGGUAGGGGCAGGACUGGCAGAGCCUUAUCCCAUUACCUGGUGUGCAGUGGAGUAUUUUGAAGCAAGUGGUUCUAUCUUGCACAUGCUCCUCCAACAUAUUUCCACUGAUACCCCUCAUUGUGGAAGAACUCUCCUGCACCAUGCUAUCCUAUGUGGUAAUGUAGGAGCCGUUCGUGCGCUCUUACGUUGUGGUGCCAAUGUAGAAUCACCUGUUAAAACAACUGGAAAGACCAUGUUUAAUCCAAUACACAUGGCUGCCCGGCUUGGCUUGUCAACAAUUGUUCACUGUUUAAUCGACUCUGGAUGUGAUAUAAACUCCAAGACAGAUUCUGGUGAGACAGCUCUAAUGAUCUGUGCAAAAUAUAAGCAUGAAGAGUGUCUCAGAGUAUUGGCCAUGGCUGGUGCUGAUUUUGGCUUGGUUAAUGUUGCUGGUCAGUCCGUCAGCUCAAUUGCAGGGACAAAUCGCUGGUCCCUUGGUUUUCAGCAAGCGUUGAUACUUGUUAUAAGAGCUGGAAAGAUACCAAGGUCCAGCAACUUUUCUGUGUUCUCUUCCCUAAUGUUUGCAGCUCAAGCCGGUGACAUGGAGGCCUUGAAAGCUGUAGUUGGUUCAGGAGAAUUUGACAUUGAUUAUCAGGAUGAUAAAGGUUUCUCGGCAGUCAUGAUCACUGCUUUGAAGGGUUACGUGGAAGCAUUCCGGUUGCUGGUUUAUGCAGGGGCUGAUGUAAAGUUGUGUAACAAGUCUGGUGAGACUGCAAUUACGCUAUCUGAAUUAAGCCAAAACCGUGACCUAUUUGAGAAGGUAAUGCUCGAAUAUGCACUAGAAAAGGGCAAUCGCUAUGCUGGAGGGUUCUAUGCUCUGCAUUGUGCAGCACGUCGUGGGGACAUUGAUGCGGUCAAAUUGUUAACAAGUAGAGGCUACGAUGUGAAUGUCCCUGAUGGAGAUGGUUACACUCCACUCAUGUUAGCGGCUAGGGAAGGCUAUGGUCCCAUGUGUGAACUCUUGAUCUCUCAUGGGGCAAAUUUGGAUGAGAAGAAUGCCAAAGGCGAAACACCACUCUCACUAGCAAGGAAGAGUGGUUGCGGUACCAAAAAUGACACGGAGUGUGUGAUACUGGAUGAGCUUGCUCGCAGGGUGGUGCUAGGUGGAGCCCAUGUUUGGAAGCAUACCAAGGGAGGGAAAGGAAGCCCUCAUGGGAAAGAGAUGAGAAUGGUGGGAGCCAUAGGGGUGCUGCGGUGGGGGAAGUCGAACCGGAGAAAUGUGAUAUGCCGGGAUGCAGAGGUGGGGCCCAGCCCAGCUUUUAGGAGGAAUAGGAGGAGCAAGAGUGAUGCGGAUGAAGCUGGAGUGUUUAGGGUGGUGACUACGAAGAACAAGGAGGUGCAUUUUGUGUGUGAAGGUGGGGUUGAAACCGCUGAGCUUUGGGUGAGGGGCAUAAAGCUUGUGACAAAGGAGGCUAUUUUGGGUAAUAAGAGGGAGUCAUGA